ACACAAUGAAUUUCCUCCCCCUGUUCUCUGCCGAGACAUGGACACUGCUUCUGCUUCUACUGGGUCUCCUGGCUCUGUACGGAUACUGGCCCCAUGGACUGUUUAAAAAAUUAGGAAUUCCUGGUCCCACACCUAUUCCGUUUCUGGGAACGAUGUUGAACUAUAAGAGGGGUUUCCAAAAUUUUGACGUUGAAUGUUUCCAGAAGUAUGGGAAGAUCUGGGGGAUCUAUGAUGGCCGUCAGCCAGUUCUUUGCGUCAUGGACAGAGACAUCAUCAAAACCGUGCUCAUAAAAGAAUGUUAUUCCCUCUUUACCAACCGGAGGAAUUUCCGUCUGAACGGACCGCUGUACGACGCUGUGUCUAUAGUAGAAGAUGAAGACUGGCGGAGGAUCCGAGGCAUCCUGUCACCGUCGUUCACCACCGGACGGCUGAAAGAGAUGUUUGCGAUCAUGAAGAGGAACUCUAAUACGUUAAUUAAGACCCUAAAGAAAAAAAAAGUGAAACUUAGAAGCUUCAGUCUGAAUCUGAGAGUCUGUAGUCAACUCUUCGGGGCAUACAGUAUGGACGUGGUGACCAGCACAGCUUUCAGUGUUGACAUCGAUUCGCUCAACAACCCCAAAGACCCCUUCGUGAACAACAUCAAGAAAAUGCUCAAAUUCGACCUUCUUAAUCCACUCUUCCUCCUAGUUGCAUUCUUUCCCUUUCUUGCACCUCUUCUGGAAAAAAUGGAUUUUGCCUUUUUUCCGACGUCAGUGACUGACUUCUUCUAUGCUGCUCUGCAGAAGAUCAAGGCUGACCGAACUGCGAAUGACCACACAAAUCGGGUUGACUUCCUGCAGCUGAUGGUGGAUUCUCAGAAACAGGAGAAAGCAGGAGACAGUAAAGGAGAGGAAAUAAACAAAGGUCUGACAGAUCAUGAGAUUCUGUCCCAGGCAAUGAUUUUCAUAUUUGCCGGCUAUGAGACCAGCAGCAGCACUCUGACCUUCCUCUUCUACAAUCUGGCCACAAACCCACACACCAUAAAGAAACUUCAGGAGGAGAUUGACCACACCUUCCCCAACAAGGCCCCUGUCGAGUAUGACAAAAUGAUGCAGAUGGAGUAUUUGGAUGCUGCCUUGAAUGAGUCUCUGAGGUUGUAUCCUGUUGUCCCACGACUCGAGAGAGUCUGCAAGAAAACCGUGGAGAUCAACGGGGUCACCAUCCCCAAGGAAACAGUUGUCAUGGUGCCCACCUUUGCCCUCCACAGAGACCCUGAAAUCUGGACCAACCCAGAGGAUUUCAACCCAGACAGGUUCAGUAAAGAAAACAAAGAGAGUAUUGACCCGUACACAUACAUGCCUUUUGGGGCGGGGCCCAGGAACUGCAUUGGGAUGAGAUUUGCCUUAGUGAGCAUGAAGCUGGCCAUCGUAGAGAUAUUACAGAGAUUUGACAUUCAUGUCUGUCCUGAAACCAAGGUUCCCCUGGAGCUGGAUGUUCAGGGUCUGCUGGCUCCCAAACACCCCAUUAAACUCAAACUGAGCCCUCGAAUCACCUCCUCCCCAUCAGAGAACUCCUGCAACAACAACCAUGUGAAAUCUUAGCAUCCACAGUGUGGCCACAUUCUACUACAUACAUUGCACUCAGCUUCCUCUCCUCUGACUUCACCUGAGAAAAGGACCAUCAG